AUGGGCUUCUGCAUCACUCGCUCGGAUGCCUCGCUGUUUGUCUAUCAUCAGGGUGACAUGACUGCCUACUUGCUCCUGUAUGUCGACGACAUCAUCCUCACGGCCUCCUCCGCCGCUCUCCUUCAGCAGCUUACUCUCCGGCUUCGUGACGAGUUUGCCAUCAAGGAUCUGGGAGCUCUCCAUUACUUCCUUGGCAUUGAGGUCACACGGCGUCCUGAUGGCUUCUUUCUCCAUCAGCACAAGUAUGCCCAUGAGUUACUUGAGCGCGCCGGUAUGCUCAACUGUCACCCUGUCGCAACUCCUGUGGACACGAAGGCCAAGGUUUCAGCUCUAGACGGUUCCCCAGCUUCUGAUGCUCCGUUCUACCGAUCUAUAGUUGGAGCUCUUCAGUAUCUGACGCUCACACGCCCAGAUUGGCAGUAUGCUGUUCAGCAGGUGUGUCUCCAUAUGCACGCUCCUCGUGAUUCUCAUUGGACGCUCGUCAAACGGAUUCUCCGCUAUAUCCGUGGCACGACGCAUCUUGGACUCACCCUCACAGCGUCCCCCUCUAUGGAGAUGGUGGCCUAUUCGGAUGCUGACUGGGCUGGCUGCCCUGACACUCGGUGCUCUACCUCUGGCUACUGUGUCUACCUCGGUCCCUCACUCGUUUCCUGGUCAUCGAAACGACAGCCUACCGUCUCGCGCUCUAGCGCGGAGGCUGAGUACCGAGCUGUGGCCAACGCAGUUGCUGAGUGCACAUGGCUCCGACAGCUGCUUCAGGAGUUGCAUCACGGCGUGUCCCGCGCUACAGUUGUCUACUGCGACAAUGUUUCGGCUCCUUCUACAGUGUGCUUGUAUACCCUGGUCUUGUACGGGUUCGCCGUCUGGCUCACCGAAGCCGAGCUCGCGGAGGUGGCGAAGCUGCCGGGCUUCCUGCGCACGCUCCCCGACGGCAAGCAGGAGCUCCUACGCACGCCGUUGUCCCUGUUAGACACGUAG